AUGCUUAUUCAGGGGAAAACUGCUGGGGUCGGCAAUUCUUCUUCAUCCUCGUCUGCAUCGUCUUCGCCACCAAAUCAUAAUGUGAUCCAUAAUAUUCCGGCCCCAAGAACUCACGUCACGGCAAGAAGUAUGAGUAACCCUACCAUGCCAGUGUCCAUCCCUUCGGGUAGCAACAAACCAACCGCCACUAUUGGUUCAAGAGCACAGCUUGGCUCUCCACCAGUUCUGUUCACUACAGGAGGUACCACCAGUACUAGUCCCAAUAGAAGCAGAUUAUAUCAGCAACUCACUCCACUGGUGGUACCUAGAGUACGUGGCCCUGAUAGUAGUGGAAGCAGUGCGAGCAAUAGUUUGGAGGGUCAAGGCACUAAAAAUGCUCAAAACAAUCUUGGUCCUAGUUUGGGGUCUAUAUCGGCCGAUUCUGGGGUUGAUGGCCCUGUCAACGCCACUCAAGAGAUAUCUAGAGACAACAAGCAUUUUCAAGAAAGUCAUUCGCAAUUCGCAUUAGGGCCAAGCUCUUCUUCCUAUGUAGCAGCCGCAGCGAUGUAUGAUCCAAGUACUGAAGGAAUUGGAGCUGAAUAUAUUCCAGGAUCGGUCACUAGUACCUUUGAGCCUGGUACUCAGACAGAUGAUUAUAUGAAAAUGGACGUAGAUCAGGCUGUUGAUAUGGAUCGAGGCAUCGAGGGAUUAGGCGAAGGUGUAGGGAUGGGACAGGGUACUGUAGGAACAUCUGGAACUGGAUUCCAUGGUAUAAGUGGUCCAGCGAUACAUGCUAGUGGGUUAUCAAGAGGACUGGCAAAUGAAAGAAAUUCCGAACUAACUCUAGGAAUUGUGGAUAAACCAAGGCACCCAUCUCAGCCAGUAUCAAAUCUUACUACUACAGACCCUCAAUCAUACUCACAUAAUACAUCUGCAUCAACCCAUAAUAUUAGCAUCGCCCAACCUCCCACCCAGUCGUCAAUGAUAUCACCUGAGUACUUACCUGGUGAAAUCGAAUUUAGUCCGACAAUUGCAUCUGCCUAUAUGCUAUCCUCUCCUACUCUCGGUUUAUCUGAGGCAGACUGGAAGAAGAUUCCCUUUAGCACCAGAAAGAAACUCAAAAAUGCACUCGAAACGUCGUCGCCACUCACUAUCUCUUCCAAAGAUUUGCCGCCCCAGUUAACGGGAGCUUUGAAAAGUGCGCCAAUAUCCCGAGUUGGUUCCAUGAAUAAUAACUCUUCCUUCACAGGAUUUGGAAACUCAUCCGUUCCUACUGUCGCGUCUGCAUCAUCAUCCCCAAGGCAGCCUUUUUCUCGACGGAUGAAAGAGAGGUCAGCAACGAUGUAUCCAGCUUUGGGAAAUAUUGAAGAAGGGAUGAAAAGGGCGUUUGCAUCAUCACCAAGGAACCCGCAUUUGUCGAGAUCCACAUCUCUUUCAAAUAAUUCUUCAUACUCUGAUUCUCCAGCGUACCAAUAUCUCAGCAAAUUUGGAAGUCUGACUUCUGACUCUACGACUAGUGGGGGUGCUGGGAGUAUCACAAGUAGAAAUGCAUCAUUCGUUGGGGGGGCAUCUAAUUAUCCUUUGUACGGAGAUCCUGAAAUGGGUGAGCAAAUUGGAAGCUUUUUUCUUGGUAAGAUGAUUGGUUAUGGAGGUUUCAGUCAAGUUCGUGAGGCUCAUACAAUAGAUGAAGAGACAGGGUCCAAGCUAGUUAGGGCAGUGAAGAUUGUAAAAAAGUUCAAUCCUUCCACAACUGCUGAAGAUAUGGAACGGGUUCAGAAUGAAUUUGAUCAUGAGGUAUCCCUUUGGAAGACUUUAGAUCAUCCUCAUAUUCUUAAGCUGAUGUCAGUCGAGGCAAAUGAAAAGGCUACUUAUUGCUUCACAGAACGAAUAACGGGUGGCACUUUGUUUGAUUUAGUGAAGUCCACUCGAGGUAAGAAUCUUGACUAUAACGCUUUAGCAAGUUACGUGUUUCAGCUUGGUAGUGCUCUGCUAUAUUUGCACGAGUCAAAGUUUAUUGUACAUCGUGACGUAAAGCUAGAAAACUGUUUGUUGGAAGAUAUUGGCAACGGUCAACAUAAGGUUGUCCUUUGCGACUUUGGCCUUAGUGAUUAUUAUGGUAAAAGCAAUAUCAACAGCCGAACUAUUAGCAGUAUUAAUAUUGCUGCCAGCAACAGUAUGAACUCACAAUUCGAGUCUAAAAAUAACUCGCCUGAUUCUUCCCGAUCUAUCUUGACUUCAACGUCGUCUGGGUCGGAGAGGUCAAUGAAUUUAAUAAUUGGACCAUCUGAAACUUCGUCAAUUUUAAGCCACCAUCAGAAUCCCAAUUCGACUAUCAGUCGUUCUUCUUUGAAAACUCCAUCUGCGGGGGGCAACCAAGAACUCAAGCGAAGAUCUACUUCACCUGCUCGAUUAUUCACUAGUGAGAAAUCUAAUGGCCCCACUAGUGCUAUGACAGCCAAUUGUGGUUCAAUGCCAUAUGCAUCGCCCGAGCUAUUACUUUCCGAAGUUCCAAUACUUGAUCCAGCUAUUGACAUUUGGGCGUAUGGAGUAGUUAUCCAUGGUCUCUAUAUGGGCCAGCUUCCUUGGAAUCAUAGUAUUCCUCCCAUUUUACGUAGUAUGAUCCUAAACAACCCAUGGGAUGAGGAGUCUAUGUCGAAAAAGGUGGGCCCUGAAAUUACGAACUUGGUUACUGGAUGUCUCAACAAGGACAUGAAUAAACGGUCUACGAUUCGAGAUAUUAUCUACAAACCAAUGUUUUCGAAAUUGCGUCAAGAACAUUCUGAAGUACUGAGCUGA